CCCCUCGAAUUGCCUCGUGCAGUUCAGUGGCAAUUAAGCGAGGGUGGGAGACGCGCGUUGUCGGAGGCAAGCAUGGCCAGGCGAAAAUACGCGUGAGGCUGGAAUUCGCGAGUCGCGCGAAAGUCGACCGCGGUGAAAGGGUCGAUCGUGAACGACCGAUCCGUCGUUUACGAAGCGCGCAGGGGGGUGCGUUCGUUCGCGAGCCCGUGGCUGCCGCCGUCGCCACCGCUGGAGAAGUAGGGGGCGGCAAGUGAGACGAGUGGAGAGGGAGAAGAGAGAAACGCGCUUCCCGCGCGACGCACACGUGAGCACAACGGAGCAGGGAGCGCAGCGCUGAGCGACGCGGGCCGCGUGUUACGGCGAUGCGAGCGGUUAUGUCAGAGCAAGAUCGCGCAAUGGAUGCAACUGGGGCUGACUUCGCGGCAUAGAACGGUCCGUCGAAGACGCAAUUACAAGGGACGGUCGGUACCGCGAAGUGACAUUCCGUGUGAUCGAUAUUCGCGUCUGUCGAGUUAUCCUCGAUGCUCAACGGUCGUUGCGAGGGCACGCAGUUUUUUUCGCGCGGUGUAAACAGGCGAGUGCGCGAGAAGGACAGAUAACGCCUCGUCUGGUUUCGUUAGAUUAGAACCUAAUUGUCCGUCGGAACUCGGUGAUUUAUCGCAUGACGAAUAUAUUGUACUUGCAAACGUUCGCGCGGUCGUUACUCAACAGUGAUACGACAGUGACGUGAGAAUCAUCAAGAUGUUGAUAAGUUGCUGACAGAAGUGUCGAUGUGCCUCGCAACAGCGGAAUCCUCGCGAGGAUGAUGGAGGAAAUGGAAAGCGUGCACGUGAAUAGCCAGACGCCAUGCUUCGCCGUCGACACCAGCGGUCAUGGGUCUCAUGGGUCAUGCGACAGCAUGGACAGCGGUUACUUGUCCACCCUGACGCCGCACACGAGCAGCUACGUAUCAUCUGGCUACCGGACGCGCUCAUCUUCCGGAUUGGCGUUGUCGGCGAAGAAACAGCACAGAUUCCGGCCGGAUGCUUUGCGAUGCGAGAGGCUGCAGAGGCGUCGCCCCAAGCCCAAUUGCUUGUCGCACACCUUGGAGACUGAUUAUACGAUCAGCGACUGUUCCGUCGAGGAUCAUGGGUUGUCGAUGCUGGAGCCGUCGUGCACGGAUGUUGGUCAGAGCCUGGUGCACUCGACGCCAAGCGGCCACAAAGUCCACAAUGAGCGCGGCAAAGCAGCGCUUGACAGGAACUGGAGGACCACGGUACUCAUCACCCCGGCCUCCAUCACGGACUUCCGGCUCAUGUCGCCGUCGCCGGCGGUGCCGUCCUCGUCGUACGUGGCCACGGAGCCCAUCCAGGAGGAGGAUGUAGAGAUGAAGCUAGUCGAAACGCUCAACGGUGAGGCGCAACUGGUGUUGACGCCGCCCCGGCUCCGAAUCCCGGUGCCGCGGAUCGCGAUCUCGCCGAUACGCAGAAGGAGCAGUCCCAUCGCCAUUACGUCGGCGGAGAAUCGGAAGCUGCGCGAGCUGUACAUCACCGACCUGGCCGCCGCGGCCGAGAUCAAGCCAAAGAAGCUGGAUUUCAGCCAACGCGGUCUAUCUGCGGUGCCGCGGAGCAGCGGCAACGGCAAUGAAGCUAUUUCGAUUUACGCGGGUAAAGAAAAGGUGGAUUUUCUGUCGCUUCUCGGAGAAAAGAGCAACCACCUCAAUGUAGUGUCGAAGAUUUUCUCGUUCCUCGGGGAUGAGGAACUAUGUAUCGUUGCUAGGGUGUCGAGCACCUGGAAGCAACUGUGCGAGAACGACUACAUUGCUAAUAAGCGAAGAAAGCGCUUUCUCCUGAGGAAGCAAACUAUCAAGGAAAAUGUGAAGAUAAUAAUGAAGAAGUCGAAGGGCGAGGAGGAUAUGCAGACAAGCCCCAGGAGCCGGCACUAUGUCAGAAAGGGGUGUCUGAUAGAUGUGAAGAAUCUGUUGAACACCCAGGUGCAACGGAAGCCACCGAGCAGCCCGCCCGUGUCGCCGAGCAAAGUCAAGUUUCACUCCUUCGUCAAGGCUAGUCGUACACUUGCGAGUGGCGAGUACCUGCUGCCGUGUCCAAAGUGUAGGUUUCCUUGCUACGUUGAUAACGAGAAGAACAUAGGAACCUGCUCGAGACAAGGUUGCUCCAUCGAAUUCUGCAUCUCCUGCUCGUCGAAGCCGCAUACAGGCCCGUGCAAGACACCUUUACUGGCCACUCCGACGAAGCGCAACAGUAAACGUCUGAUCGUCGGAUCGAGGCAAAGCAAGCGAAAUCUGCGGCGAUUGUAAACCGAUUUUCUUUCCGGGAAUUUACAUCUCGCGAUUGUCUAUGGGAGAAAGGAACUAGUCUAGUUGCGGAGUCGCGUCGACUUCAGUGAGGAAGAAAAUGUAUAUUGCGUAGCGAAGUAUAUUUUAUAUAUGUAUAAAUACGCCGAGAAUCAAAAGUUUGAUGAAAAUCAUGCGAAGAGAAUCAAACGUGAAUGUAUAUUAAGUUAACUUAAUGCGUGUCUUAUUGGUGAUUUGGCAAUCGAGUGGAACCGACGGCGCGACGAUGACUAAUCGUGAUCCGCUCUCCGUUGCGUUUCCGGAAUGAAUUCCGUUGCAUCGUUCGAAACCAUAUGCUGCAUCCCGCACGUCUGCAGUAAAAAUAAUUAAAAAAGUGCCUUCGCGCGUGCAGUAUGUUAUCUACAGUGUGCCAUAAGCAUACUCCAGUCGCCGUAAAUUCUAUUUGUGAACGAUUCUUAAACGCUGUAAAAUUGGCGAACGCCCUAAUUUGCCUCAAUCCAUCGACACCACCGACGAGAGCCGAGGGCGAAAGUGUCGCUUAAAUCUCCCGAACGACCGCGCCGGAUGUGCAACCAAAUCCUCCCCGAGCCCUCCCUCUCGUCGAUCUCUGGUUGCGACCGAACACUCUGCUCUGAGCAAUGCAACGAACGUUGAACGAGGAAGAGAAGCAGAAAGACAAAGAAAGAAAAAGAGGAAAAAGGGGCGAGAGAACAAGAGAUUCGCGGUUAAAGGGGGUAUUCGCUCGGUAAAGGGAGAGAAUGCGAGAGAUGCGAGAGAUGAGGAGGGGGAGGAGGAGGAGGAGGAAGAAAUGAGAAACUAUAAAGGCAACGGUCGUAAAACCUCGUAAGGGACCGGCGAAACACUUUGCGCCGUCCGGAUAUUCCGCUUUUUACCGGGCGUGCUCGGUCACUUAAUGAAGCCGAGCGGAGUCGGCCGCGGGGCUCGCGCGCGUUUCUUGCGGCCGGGGCCCGUCCGCAGAAACCGCUCGCUUUCUCUCUUCUUUCUCUUUCUCCCGCGAGAAUCGCAUCGUAAAGCACAAUAACUGCCGAAUAGAACGACCAGCAGGAUAGAUGCGAUGCACAAACGGUUGUCGUCGAUGCCAACGGGCAGAAGGGGACUCGUCGGUUCGACCACUCGAUUCUUAGCUUGCUGAUUUCCGAUAUCUCUCGCGAAACGCUAGAAACGUAUGAGGUCACGUUUUCAAAGUAUCUUCGAGCAAAAAAGGUAUCUUGUAUCUUCGACGAAUCUAUCCUGCAAGACACGAGCUAUUUAAUUGUUACGACCCUUGAUGAAGCAUUUAAUCCACGCAAAGAGAAGGCGAGAUGAGAAUUAAAUACGGCAACUCUGACUUCUUAACUACCUGGCAAGAUUUGAUGCGUAGUCGUAAAAUUAAUGUGCACAAAGAAAUCUCUAGAUAAUUUAAAAUUAUAUAAACUGCAUUGAACGGAAUUUUGAAAUAGUUUUUUUAUACAGAUAAUAUUUUUUUUCAUAUCACAUUGCAUGUCACUUUAUCAUUUAUCACUAAUUAUAUAUAUUGAAAUAUAGAAUUUUACACAGCAUGAUAUUAGAUAAGAGACUUACUUCAAGAUCUGAAACAUGCAGCGUUUUAUUCUCAAUUACUCCUUCUCUGAUGCGUAGAACAUAUUGUUAAUUACAUCUCGUCAAAGUUUACAUUCCUCUGUGUCCGACGUAUCUUUAUUUGCAUGUGCAUUUUGCUCGAUUAGAAUCGCUCAAGGAAAAUUACCGAAUUACAUAUAAAGAUGUAGAUAAGCAUGCGAAUGGUGAGGAAUAUAUAGUGCCAGAAUAGAAAAUAAGUAAGAAAACGACGUCGGAAAAGAUGGAGCGAUAAUAUGGUAGUAUUAUUGGCAGAAGAGAAUCAUUAUUGAUUCGUACAUUCUAAUAGCUUCAUUUUAAAUUAUCUGAUAAUUUGAUGAGCGAAAAAAAAAAAAUUUUAUAUAAGAGAACAAGGAAUUUAAUGUUAAGUGAAAAGAGAUUUUUUGCUCCGUAUUUUCUAACGUUACAAACUGAUGUAAUUCUAUGUUUGUGCCAUUAGAUUCGCGCCAUAAUGAUUGCCAUAUUUUAAAAGCUGACACAGUUGCGAGGGAAGAAGCAGAUUCCAUUUUUCGUUCCCGUAUGAAACCUUCGAUGGGGUGCCAUAUGUUCGUCUUCAUGUUUUUUUUCUAUUUGUUAAUUUUUUUAAUCAAAAUAUCCCUUAUCUUUUGAGGAAGUGUUAGUUCGUCUCGUUUGUAUUUUUAUUUCUGUACUGGCGUAUGCGAAAAAAGACUGCUUGUAAAUAAUAGCGUGAUAGUAAUAUAUUUUGUGUUUCCUAUCAAUCUGAGGAUAAAAAAGCUCGUGAUGGAUAUUUUAUUUGCGAACUAUAUUCUUGUUAAAACUAUGAAAAAUACGUCUAUAAUUAAUAUGCUGCGUGUUCCUUGCGGACGAAUUAACAUAGCGUAAUUCUUCGGUUAAUAUUCCCACAAGUUUUUAACGCAUGGUUACGAGAUUUACUACUCAGUCCUUUCUCAUUGAAAGUUUUUGUAUUAUUAUGCUCUCUUACGCUCUCUAAAAAGGAUGUAGAAACUAUUUGUCUUUGUUGACACAAUGACAAAAUUUAUCCUGAUGUAAUUAAUAUAAUCCUAAUGAAAAGAUUUUAACAUCGUUUAUAUUAUUAGUCAUUAGGAUCUUUUAAAUUAUUUAUAUUCAAUAUUUUAUUACUUUAUCGAAAUCGCUAUUUUAAUAAUAUUUUAAUUGAAAGACUGUACAUUGUCGUUCCAUAUUAUUUCUCAAUGCAAUUGCAAUGCAUGAUGCGUCAAAUUUAUUGGUUCACAAAUCGGCCUGCAUCAUUAAGAAGUACUAUUUAAUAUUUUAAUAAAAGUAAAAUCCAGUUCUAUUAAUAAAUUAUUAUAAUUCAUGCAAGCCAAUACAAUGUCAGACCAAGACCAAGUUUGUUUCUCCUUCAUUUCGAUGAUGCAAUUCGAUAAGCAAUAUUUUAUUUGGUAUCUCUUUAAACAUAUAUCCAUAAACCUUAAUACUCAGGAGAUAUUUUGACAGGAAAUCUGUAGUUUUUAGUCUAAGCUAUAUUUAAAAUCUUUAGCCAUGAAGAAAUGAUACCAAAUAAAGUGCGUUAUUAAUAUGCAAUAAGAGAAAUCUCGAUAUUUUUAUAAGAAUGAACGUAUUUUAAUGCUUAGCACAAGGAAUUUUAUAGUACAUUUAUUGAAAAAAUGCAAGAAUGCUCAAAAACAACACAUAAAUCAUACAUUAUAAGUCCUUAAGUAUUAUUAUAUCAUAUGUUUGAAAAAUUUCGAUUUCGCGUUAAAAACAUGGUUAGAAAAUAAAUGUGGUCAAGAACUAUGAUAGUGCAUCUGCAUGUAAACUAAUCGAAUGUUGUAAGCCCUCUAUCAGGGUCGGUUCCUGUAAUUGUCAAUUAAAUAUAUUUUUUUCGCAU